GAAAGCGUUCCAUUCCAUGGGCUUAAUUCAAUUAAUAUGCGCAAUAUAAUUGACCCCAUAUGUCAAGGGCUUGAAACAAAGCAUGGAAUAAAUUUUAAGUUGAAUGGAAGCAAAUGCAAGUCUGUUCUUAAACACGUGGCAGCGAAUGUUAGACUUGAAAUAAAACAAGACAGUAAAAAUCGCUUAUUACUUUAAAAAAUGAUAGUGCAACGCGGCUUGGGCGAAAUAUUUUUGGCAUCAGUGCCCAAUUCAUAAGCAAAAAUGAAAUAAAAUCACAAAUUCUUGGCAUGGUGGAACUUAAAGGAGCUGACUCCAGCAAAUCUAAAAAUCUUGCUAAGGAAAUUAUUUCUGUUUUAGAAAAUAUGCCAUAUUCGACUAAUUCGUUGGAUACGGACUCUGGACACACCAAAGACAAUAAUUUCAAGCUAUUGGACGAUUUUUUAAGUGCUAGAAUGGUUCUUCCAAGUGAGUCAAGUAAUGUCUAUGCAAAGAUUGAAACAUUAAAGUCACCAGUGAUGAAAGCGAAUACAGAUGUUUUAUGUUUCUGGAAAUACAGAAAGUCAACCGAUCCCGAACUUUAUGCCCUAAGCAAAGUAUGUUUUGCUAUACCGCCAACUCAAGUUACCAUAGAGAGAGCUUUUUCCUCGUUGAAACUGGUGCUGUCCGAUAAUCGAAAUCGAUUAAGUCAUGAGACUUUGGAGAACAUACUUUUAGUUCGGCCACUGACCAGAGAACACAUAGACUAGACAUGUAGCACAAAGUUUUUCAACACCGAAAAAUCUGUCUC